UAGAAUGCGCCUUAGCACAGAUUAUACCAACAUCGCAAAAGUGUGGCGUUAUCUAUUAUCGUUUGUUAGGUGUACGUGAUUAAUGUUGGUGGAUAUGAUUUUUCAGGUUCCUAUUAUGGGAGUUUAAAUAUUAAAGCUUUCUCUGGACUGCCAAUAUAUUUCGACACAAUGAGUGGCCACCAGGAUAACAGAAGUGCAGGACUGAUCCCACAGCGUUGGUUACAUUGCCCAAGAAAAGCAGCAGGUGUGGUGGCUAAUAAAUUUCUUGCAUUCAAAACUCCUCUCAGCUCUCAGUAUGAUGAUCAGGUUCCAGAGGAUUGUCGCUUUUCACCCAGCAUGAUUUUUCAGUCAAUGAAGAGUUACGAGAUGAAACUUGGUCUUUGGAUUGAUUUGACAAACACAUCACGAUUUUAUAAUAAGAAACAAAUUGAAGCUGAAGGCUGCAGGUAUAUAAAAAUGAAGUGUCGAGGACAUAGUGAAACUCCAUCUAAAGAGGUGGCCAAAGCAUUCUUUGUGAUUUGUCAAGAAUUUAUAAAUGAAAAUCCAUUAGAAAUAAUAGGUGUCCAUUGCACACAUGGUUUCAACAGGACAGGUUUCCUUAUAGUUUCUUAUCUGGUAGAACAAAUGGACUAUAGUUUGGACGCUGCUCUCAAUCAGUUUGCCGUAGUUCGCCCACCAGGAAUCUAUAAAAAAGAUUACCUGCAAGAACUAUAUAAAAGGUAUGAUGACAUCGAUGAUACACCACUCCCACCUCAGCUGCCAAAUUGGUAUAGAGAAUAUGAUGACAGUAAUGGAGAUGGUGGUGAUGAUAAGGAUGGAAAUAACUCCACUGACACUGCUGGAGGCGCAGGUGGAAGCAGUGGACGGCGACGAAGACGAGAAUACCAGAACAAAAAUCCAACAUUUAUGCAAGGCGUGUCUGGUGCAACUCCCAUUACUGCACAAGCAAAGCUACAGAAUAUACAACGGAAAGUUCAGGACUUCUGUGGCUGGCAGAGCAAUGGAUUUCCUGGCUGCCAGCCUGUGUCUAUGGACACAAAGAAUAUCAGUUUGUUGGGUGUGAAGCCAUACAGAGUUUCAUGGAAAGCUGAUGGCACAAGGUACAUGAUGCUAAUUCUACAGGAGAAUGAAAUAUACUUUAUUGACCGAGACAACAGUGUGUUCCAAGUAUCUGGAUUGAAGUUUCCACACAGAAAAGAUUUCAAGAGACAUUUAGUCAACACCCUUCUGGAUGGGGAAAUGGUUAUAGAUAAGGUGAAUGGACAAGACAUUCCUCGAUAUUUGGCCUAUGAUAUUAUCAAGUUUGAUGGUUGUGAUGUUGGCAGAUCUGCAUUUUAUCCAGUAAGGCUUGCAUGUAUUGAGAAAGAAAUAGUGCAGCCAAGACAUCAAGCCAUGAAGGAGGGACGCAUUGACAAGUCAUCUGAACCCUUUAGUGUGCGUUUGAAACAGUUCUGGGAUAUCACACAGGCUGAAAGGUUACUAAGUGACAAAUUCAGCAAAAUGCUAUCUCAUGAACCUGAUGGACUCAUCUUCCAGCCUUCCAAGGAACCAUACAUCCCAGGUUCUUGUUCUGAGGUACUGAAAUGGAAACCUCUUAGUCAUAACUCUGUUGAUUUCAAGUUGAAGAUAGAAACAGAAGAAGGACAGGGUAUUCUAAAAAAAACAGUUGGACUCUUGUAUGUGGGUGGAAUGGACCGUCCAUUUGGAAAGAUGAAGGUGAAUAAGACACUAAAAGAGCUCAACAACAAGAUUGUAGAAUGCAAAUUCCAAGACAAUCAGUGGAUCUUUAUGAGAGAAAGAAUUGACAAGUCUUUUCCUAACAGCUAUAGUACAGCCGAAGCUGUAUGCAACAGUAUUCGUCAUCCAGUUACUAAAGAUAUACUUCUGGAUUAUAUAGAACGUAACAGGUGGUCUGAAAGUGAUCAGGAUUUGAUGCCACCACCUGUUAAGGUCCCACGAAGGUGAACUCAACAUAUCAGGCACCAAGAACUGCAUCAUUCAGGGCUGAAGGUUCAUUCUUUUUGGAAUCAAAGGUAUUAAGUAUACAAGUGGAAUGUGGUCUGCAAAUUAUGAUGUUUAUUCAUAUGUAGUACUGCCUAUGAAAUAAAUAAGCAUGCAAUAAACAGUAGAACUGUAACUGUGAAAUGGAAGAAAGAAUAAAAGUGUGCAUAUGAAAGGUGCAUCAACAAAUCUUC